GUUAAGUAAACGAAUGGAAGAGGGGAAAUGUGAGAAAAAGAAAGAAAGGUUGAGAAAAAAUAGGAUGGCACCAUCAUCAUCAUCAUCUGAUUCUGAUCCUUUCUUUCUGAGUAUUGACUAACUAUUGAGUAUGGGAAUUGGAAACCAACCCAAAAAAAAUUGUGGCCCGGCGCUACUUAUCCACGCCAGAGCCAGAAAUCAGAAGAAAUUUACAAAACCAAACAACUCCCAGCACCAGCACGUUCCCUCCCUUUUCCUCCACGUGGCACGCCACCAUCCAUCGUCUCAAUUCUCUCUCUCCCUCGUUUAUUUUACUUCCACUAACAUACACCAUUACACAUCUCGCAUUUCCCAAUCCAAAUUUCGUUUCGUCUAUGGCUUCUGUUGCUAUUAUUCGUCAGAGAAAAAGGAGAUAGAUAGAAAGAAAGAAAGAUUGUGAUAAAAUAGGUGGCACUAGGAUAGGGGAAUUGGUUCCUUCCCCAACAUCAAUUGAUUAUUACUGUUUUCUAAUCCAAAUUUCAGGGUGGGGAAUAAUAGGUUUGGGAGGCAUGCUAAUUUGGCAAAAGCGGUAAAUGCUGGUGGAACUGCAUUUCCAUUCCAAUUUCGAACUUGUUGUUGCAUUCGCGUUUGCGCCUCAAACGCUAACUCUGCAGUGCCCGCAGCAUCUGAUUCUCUCCCAUUCGCUCUCUCCACCAUGUCCACGCCUAUUUAAUCGCUGCACGAUGCCAAUUCCCAAGAGGCACCUCACCUUUUCUCUCUCCAAUUUCUCUCCUCAACUCGCACCUCUUUUGUCUCCUCGCCUUCGCUUCGCUUCUGGAAUCUGCGCCCAACGCCCUCACUCCGUCGCCAACGCCACUUCACCAGGAGUUAAUCCGUUGCAUGCUCAAUAUUCAAUGGAUGGAAACCAUGAAAUUGGUGUACAUGAUUCAGGAUUGGUGGGUUCGCCUGGCAGUGAUGGCAGAAAACAGCCACGUGUAUGGUCAUCUCCUGAACAUGGAUUUAAAACUGAAAUAAGCAAGCAUAUAUUCUGUAAUCGAUCACUGAAUAUGAAGAACAUCGUUGCUGUGGGAUUUGACAUGGAUUAUACUCUGGCACAGUACAAGCCUGAAACUUUUGAGUCUCUUGCUUAUCAAGGCACAAUUAAAAAGUUGGUUUAUGAUUUGGGAUACCCUCGUGAGUUACUAAAUUGGUGUUUUAACUGGAAGUACAUGGUCAGAGGCUUGGUUCUUGACAAAAAAAGAGGCAACAUAUUGAAGAUGGAUCGCCACAAGUAUGUGAAAGUAGCCUAUCAUGGAUUUAGAGAGUUGUCAAAAGAAGAUAAAGUUGGAACCUAUGGAAAUACUUUAAUACGUGAUUCCUUUGAUGAACCGGAUUAUGCUCUAAUUGAUACUCUCUUUUCACUUGCGGAGGCCUACUUGUUUGCUCAAUUGGUUGAUUUCAAGGAUUGCAAUCCUGGCAAGAUUCAAGAGGGUGUUGACUAUGCUCGCAUGUACAGAGAUGUUCGAGCUGCAGUUGAUUUGUGUCACCGUGAUGGAACAUUGAAGCAAAUGGUUGCUAAAGAACCGAAAAGGUAUAUUAAUGAAGACUCCUCAAUAGUGCCCAUGCUUGAAAUGCUCAGAGACUCUGGUCGUGCAACAUUUUUAGUGACAAAUAGUUUAUGGGACUAUACAAACAUUGUCAUGAAUUUCCUUUGUGGAUCCAGCAUGGAAGAUGUCAGCAACAAUUUUUUCUGGCUUCAAUACUUUGAUGUUGUAAUAACUGGCAGUGCAAAGCCGGGUUUUUUUCAUGAAGAAAACCGUGCCAACCUAUUUGAGGUUGUGCCUGAGACGGGAAUGCUUCUCAAUACAGAUAAUGGCUCUCCCAUGCCCCAGGUGGGUAAUACCUCAGCAAGGUUGUUCACAGAAGCAAGGAAUCAUGCCUGUCCAGUUUUUCAGGGAGGCAAUGUUGCUCAUCUUCAUAAACUGCUUUCCAUUGAAUCUAGUUCGCAGGUUCUCUACGUUGGGGAUCAUAUUUAUGGAGAUAUAUUACGCAGCAAAAAGGUUCUUGGAUGGAGAACAAUGCUAGUAGUCCCAGAACUUGAGAAGGAAGUUAAACUCCUCUGGGAUUCUAGGGAUACCCGCAAGGAACUUCAAUUCUUGAGGAGUGAGCGUGACCGCAUCGAGGAUGAAAUACAUCAUUUGAAGUGGUCUCUCAAAUUCAAGAAUCCAGAUGCUGAUUCCAAGCAGAGGUUAUCUUCAGAACUUGAUACAUUGGAGCUUGAAAGAGAGAGAGUGAGAUUAAGGCAUCAAGAAGCUCAAAGAAAAUUACAUCAAAGGUUUCACGAGCCAUGGGGUCAGCUUAUGAAAACUGGUUAUCAGAAUUCUCGCUUUGCUCAUCAGGUUGAGAGAUUUGCUUGCCUGUAUACUAGUCAAGUAUCUAACCUGGGCUUGUACUCUCCAGACAAGUAUUACAGACCUAGUGAAGAUUUCAUGCAGCAUGAAUUUGGCAUUGUGGCUUACGAGUCACCAGACACUGAAGUCCAGGAAUUUGGGGUAGUUUGAGUUCAAUAUUCCGGUUCUCAUCUCCCUUCUGUUUCAUUGGUCAUAGCUCUGGUUAGCAAUUCAAAGUGCUACAUAAUAUUUUAAACUUAUACUACACGGGGAUAAAGAAAAUACCAUAUUUUAGCAUUGUAUAUUUGUUUCCUCAGCCUCUCAACAAAAAGUAAGUGGUACCUCUACGCAGAUGGAAUUUACACAUUUACACUAAUUUAGUUUCAUCAAUUUUUGGCAUAUGCCAAUUUUUAGUUGGGCCUUCUGUUGUGGGCCUUGAAAAAAAGUUUCAUCGAUUUUUUUUUC